GCACCCAAGCUCGCGCCCCACAUCGUCGCCAGCGCCCACCCCAUCGAGGGCGAAGGCGGCAUCGGCAGCGUCAGGCAGUUCAACUUCACCUCAGCCAUGCCCUUUACCCUCAUGAAGGAGAGGCUCGAGUUUCUGGACGCAGAGAAGUGCGAGUGCAAGUCGACCCUGGCCGAGGGCGGCGGCAUCGGCACGGCGAUCAAGACCGCGACGUCUCACAUCAAGGUGGAGCCGGCGGCCAACGGCGGGAGCGUCGUGAAGGUGGACUCGACCUACAAGCUGCUGCCGGGCGUGGAGGUGAAGGAUGAGAUCACCAAGGCCAAGGACUCUGUCACCGCCAUCUUCAAGGCCGCCGAAGCCUACCUCAUCGCCAACCCCCACGCCUACAACUGA